CUAGAGAGAGAGUCAAAAUCAAAAACAGAAAGCCACAAAGAAACCACCAUUUAUAGGAAACCAGAAAAAACAAACACAAAUACGCGUGCUCUAUAAGCCAAAUAUUCUUCCUAAAAACCCCUCAUUCAACCCUUUCUCUACAUCUUCACACACACACACACACACACACACACACUUAUUCAGAUCUCACAUUUAAUUUACCUUUUUGCAACAACCCCAUUGUGUUUUCAUCCAGAUCUGAUUAAAAAAAAAAAAAGAGCUAAAUCUUUAUCACACACAUAAAAAAAACAAAACACAACUAAACAUAGAUAAUAGUAACAUAUAGUAGUUAAUAUUUGAGUUCAAGAAUUCAAGAACAAUGCAAUCAGGUAAUGCUGCCACGCCAGCAGAGAAAACUCACAACAACGGUGACGUGUCAGGGGUGGCACGUCAUCAGCAGCAACAACAAUGGUUUCAACCUCAAAUGGAUGAAAGGGAUGGGUUUAUAUCAUGGUUAAGAGGUGAAUUUGCUGCAUCGAACGCGAUAAUCGAUGCAUUAUGUCAUCAUUUAAGGCUAGUUGGUGAGCCUGGUGAGUAUGAUGGAGUCAUUGGGAGUGUACAACAAAGGAGAGGGAAUUGGAGUAGUGUGUUGCAUAUGCAGCAGUAUUUUAGUGUAGCUGACGUGAUUUAUUCAUUGCAUCAGGUUGAGUGGAGGAAACAGCAAAGUGUUGGGGUUAAAGUGGGAAAAGGGGAUAAUAAGAGGGGUGGGAAUAGAGGGGGUUGGAGAAAUGAGGGAUUGAAUAGUAAAGAGUUGUAUAACAAAGCUAAUGGGGUUGAAAAGAUUGAUGAAGUGAAGCAAGGGGACAAGAAAGAGUUGGUUGGAAAUCCUGAAGCAAAUGACUCAAUGAAGAGUUCAGUCAAAGAAGUUGGCGACUCACAAAGUGAAGUAGACAAAACCGGUGAUAAACGUGAUUCAAACUCUGAUGGGUCUUCUACUGUGGAGAACGAAUCCAGUUCCAUCCAAGUACCAAUUGAGAAGCAGAAUGUUGUACCAAAAACUUUUGUUGCUACAGAGAUAUACGAUGGGAAACCGGUUAAUGUGGUCGAUGGCAUGAAACUUUACGAGGAACUGCUAAGCAAUUCAGAAGUUUCAAAACUUGUUACUUUGGUAAAUGAUUUGAGAGUUGCUGGGAGAAGAGGACAGCUUCCUGCACAGACAUUUGUAGUCUCAAAGAGACCUAUGAAGGGGCAUGGAAGGGAGAUGAUACAGUUGGGCAUUCCCAUUGCAGAUGCACCUCCCGAGGAUGAAGCUGCCAUAUCAACAUACAAAGACCGGAAAAUAGAAGCGAUUCCCGGUUUGUUCCAAGAUGUUAUUGAUCGACUGAGUGCUAUGCAAAUUUUGUCUGCGAAGCCGGAUGCUUGCGUUAUUGAUUUCUUCAACGAGGGGGACCACUCACAGCCUCAUAUCUGGCCACAUUGGUAUGGGCGACCUAUAUCUAUGUUGUUCUUGACAGACUGUGACAUGACUUUCGGUAAGGUGAUUGGCGUGGAUCAUCCAGGCGAUUAUCGAGGCUCUCUCAAACUGUCUUUUUCACCAGGAUCCAUACUUGUAAUGCAGGGAAGAUCAACUGAAUUUACAAAAUAUGCAAUUCCAUCCAUCCGGAAGCAGCGAAUACUUGUGACCUUUACAAAAUUGCAGCGGGGAAGAAUCAAGUCUGGUGAUGGUCAGCAUUUCCCUUCAUCAGCAGGAGGUCCUGUCCCCCAGUGGGUUCCUCCUAGCAGAUCACCAAAUCAUAUCCGUCAUCCCUUUGGUGGGCCCAAGCAUUAUGGUUCCAUGCCAACAACUGGUGUAUUACCCGUUCCAGCUGUUCGUCCACAGUUAGCUCCUCCAAAUGUCCAGCCUAUUUUUGUUCCCUCUGCAGUUUCACCAGCUAUGCCUUUUCCUGCACCUGUUGCUCUUCCACCCGCCUCAGCCGGAUGGGCAGCACCUCCUCCUAGGCAUCCCCAACCCCGACUGCCACUCCCUGGCACUGGCGUUUUCCUUCCUCCAGGCUCCGGAGUUUCAGCCACUGACAACAACAUUCCUGCUGAAAAUCUAGCUUCCUCAGAAAAGGAUACCAGUGUUCCUGUGAAAGAUAACACGGAUACUGAAGUACAAACACAAGAGUGCAAUGGAAAGAUAGAUGUUAGUGAUGCAGAGAAAGCAGUGGCUGAUGAAGAACGACACUAAGGUGGAAAAAGGUGAGUUUAUCGUUGGAGGGAAAGGUUUAGGCUACAAACUGCAGUGAGUUUUUGAAGAAAAUGUAAAGAGCGGAAAAUUGUUCAGAGUUAUACUCGCAUAUCCAGCAGAGCAAGGGAAGAAGAGUUAUCUGUUCUUCAUGCACCUCUUUGCUUGCUCUUCCUUUUUGUCGUCUUAUCAAACAUAUAUAUUACAUAUAUAUCUUAAAUUAGAUGAGGAACUUAGUUACAAAACUUUAAUGUAGCUCCACAGAAAAUUUUAGCUCAUUGAAUAGUAGUAAUGAGUAUUUCUUUCUGUCAGUUGCUGCCCUGUUCUCAUAUAUGAAAUCACCAAAAACUUGUAGGCUAAAUGUUUUACACUAUAAUGAACUUGGCACAUUUUAUUCCUU